AUGUCACAAGUGGAUGUUGCUCCUCCAAAACACCAGCAGGAUGAGCAUGUUGAGUCCAUCGAGGCCGAGGCUGAACAGUCCACCAAGUCUGCUCUGGCAUCUCAAGAUGUUUCAGGGGUAAAAAAAGAUGAUGCACUGCAGCUGAUCGAGGAUAUGGGGUACUCAACUAUCCUCACCCCCGAGAAUAACAAGAAAGUGCUGCGCAAGAUUGAUCUGCGUCUUCUCCCUAUCCUGCUAGCAAUCUACUUUCUCCAGCAACUGGACAAAUCGACCCUGUCAUAUGCAUCUGUCUUCGGUCUCAUCGAGAAAGCCCAUCUCCAUGGCAAGAUGUACUCGUGGCUGGGAUCGGUGGUUUACCUGGCCCAGUUAGUAUUCCAGCCCUUGGUGUCUUACCUGUUGGUCAAGGUGCCACUAGGCAAGUUCUUAGCCGUAUCCUGUUUGCUCUGGGGUAUUGCUCUAUCCUGCAUGACUGCCGCGAAUACUUUCGCUAGCCUGUUGGUAUGUCGACUGUUCUUAGGUAUCUUCGAGGCCGGCAUCGCUCCGGCUUUCAUCGCCGUGACCCAGAUGUGGUAUCGACGUCGUGAGCAGCCAGUAAGAUUGGGUUCGUGGUAUGCGAUGAAUGGAGUGGUCAAUAUGUUUGGAAGUCUCAUUACCUAUGGACUGGGACACAUUAACUCUUCUGUAUUCGAGCCAUACCAGAUUAUCUUCCUUUUUUUCGGACUGAUCACUGUUGGCAUGUCUGCCGCAAUCUUCUUUCUCAUGCCCGAUUCUCCAAUUACUUCGAAAUUCCUCCCUGAAGAAGAUAAACUAGUGGCGAUCGAAAGACUUCGCAUGAACCAACAGGGUAUGGAGAGCCAUGAAUGGAAAUGGGACCACGUGAAGGAAGCCGCUCUUGACAUCAAGUCAUGGCUUUGGUUUUCCUUGAUGCUUACUAUCUCAAUCCCGAGUGGUGGAAUCACGACCUUUGGUCCGUUAAUUGUGGAAUCUUUCGGAUUCGAUCAACUGAAUACUAUUUUGCUUAAUGUCCCUUUCGGGGCAGUGCAGUUAAUUGCCACGAUGGGUGGCGCUUGGCUAGCUACAUUUUGGAAAAUGAAGAGCCCAGUUCUGGCAUUACUGUGCCUUCCGCCUAUUGCGGGAUGCUGUAUGCUUUUGAAUAUUCCUCAUGAUGGUUCCCACAAGGGACCUCUUUUGGUCGGUUACUAUAUUAUAUCCGUUUACCCUGGCAUCACACCUUUGAUUUACUCGUGGUCCGCCGCAAACACAGCCGGCGAGACUAAAAAGAAGGUCACUACCGGUAUUCUGAUUGUUGGACAAUGCGUUGGUAAUGUUAUAGGACCAACUCUCUAUACCACUGAAGAAGCACCGCUGUACAAGCGUGGUCUUACCUCAAACCUCGCUCUAUUCUGCGUAUUAAUUGUUUUGAUUCUAUUGAACGCAACUUAUCUGUUUUUCCUCAACAAGAAACACGAAAAACAGCGUGUCGCUGCUGGAAAAGACGCCAAAGUGGUGGAUCACUCGAUGCACGCCGUAGGGGCUGUGGUCACGGACAAGGAGGGAGCACCCAUCCAGCAAGUAGUCAACGAUAACGCCUUCAAGGAUCUCACCGACUGGGCGAACGAGGAUUUUGUGUCCGAUGUGACGGAGAGAGACCGUGUGGAAGGUAACGCCAACAAGAUCGACAUUUACAUCUCAAGUUCUAUAUUGACAAGAAAUAGAUGUGAAAGAUUGGAGAAACAAUGCGUUUUCUUUGAGAUUCCGAAAGACCCCGUCUCAGAGCGAAUUGAAGGUAUUGAAUGCGAAGUUCAAUACCUUAGAAGACAACUUGAUGAGAUGCGAGACCUCCUACAGCAUAAUCGAUCCCAUACAUCAAUUUAUUCUCGAGAAAAUGUGUCUCCGUGCCAGGUCUUAGAAUCGCAACAGCACGAAGUUCAUGGAGAUAGCGGGUGCCCUUCGUCUCAUUCUCAAAUCACCCAUGCACAAGACGACAUGGUGACCAUUGUGGUGCCCGAUAAUCAGGUUCACUUUAGUACCCACUCUGGAAAUUCCUAUCCAAGACCCAGGCCAGAUCUUUCGUCUCCGCAUGAAAUCUUUGUUCCACCACGGUACGAAGCUCCUACCAAUGGACUGUCUUCAUUAAAACGGAAACGAUCUUGCUUCGAGAUCAGUGAGGAUUCUGUUGCAGACUUUAUUGAUAAAGGUCUUAUUACAAUGGACUUUUUCCAAGGUUGCGAUCGAUAUAUUCCAAUCUUUGACCCUCAAUAUGAUACCUUCGACUCGGCAAUGCUGGUGGUCGCUUGCUACUCUGCAGAGCGGCUUCUUAUUUUGUCUUUUGCUACUCGAAUGGCGCUUGAUCUAGGUCUACAUGAGGCUUUUGAAGAACUCACCGAGCGAGUUGCGAUGAAGAAUGAUGAAAACCUAUAUGAAGUUUCGGACCAUGACUUUGAGCGAGAGCAGGAUAUAAUGAGAAAAUCAAGAACAUGGUUCGGUCUUUUGGUGCUUGAGCAUAUAUUCCGAGUUGAUGGAGGGAAGCCUCCCGUUCUUGACCUUCGAUUGUUUUCUCAGGUCGAGCUCAACAUCCUGCGAGCAACAAUUAACGACAAUUUGGGAUCGGGGACAAAACUGGAUCGGCCCGGAAUAUCGGACUUCGUUCACGAAAUGAAAAUUGACCUGGAUCUAUGGUUCGAUGACUGGCUUCGAAUAAUUGAAAGCUCGACAACCGCCCGAGAUGAAAAGCCAUACCUUCUCGCUGCACUACGAAUACAAAAAUGCUGGGCAGAGAUGAUGCUCAACUGCAAAGCUUUACGAGCCAUGGGUGUCGAAAACGUAGCCGCCAUGUCAGCAACCGAACGAAGUAUCCUUCUCACGGCCAAGUCUAGUGCUCGCAGACACCUCCGCCUCAUCAUCCUUGAGCCAGAAUACUACCUCGCCAAACUGAAAUACGCAAUGGACUUUGUCUGGGCCAAGUGCGCAUUUUCAUUCUUGCUUCUUCUCAAGCUUUCGCGACUGCUUCCUGAGCGUGAUGACGAGCACCAGGAGCUUUUUGAUCAUGGAAAUAGCUUAUUGCAUGAAUUAAACAAGGCGGGCUCGAAUUGGAGGCAUUCCGGGGCGGGGAAUAUCUAUCUUCAAAUUUUGAAGGUGAGUAUCGAGAAAUAUGGACGGACUUUGCAGGAAUCCCAGCAACCCAGUAGCGGCGGCGGCUCUACAGCCACAUCGCCAUUCUGGGAACUUUUCGAUGCCCAAGCAGAUCUUCAGUGGUUUGUGCCUGAACAGUUUGUGUCAGAGUGGGAUUUUCCGGGGUUGAACUUGUUUUAUUUCCCUACUGCUUGGCAGGAUUCCUUUGGAGAUUUCUCCUUGGCUAUGUAA